CCAGGAGACCCCUUUCUCUGGGAAGAAUAGAGACAGUCGUGUCCCCCGCCCCCACGACACUUUGCCUGAGUUCCAACCCUGUUUCCACUUCUAUUUACUGUCCAAAGUCCCAGGGACAGGAGAGGCCAGGUUAGAACCACUUGGACACUCAGACACACGGACUCGGGGCCCUCGCCUGGGCCAGCCCUCCUGGUACCACCUGGCCCACUUUUCUGGGGUCUAGCCCCUCCUCGCCCUGGGGCCGGGCUGCCCGAGGGACUCGGGCGUCAGCCCUCCAUACCCCUGACAGGUAACCAAAGUCAGGAGCAGGUGGGACUGGGGAUGUUUGGUAUGGAGGAGACCCUAGCGCAGGGACCGUGGGGGCUGGUGGAAGAGGGGGGUUUGGUCCAUGAAAGCAGGGAAGGAGGGUUCCUGGCCGGGUCCCGGCCCAAGCAGUGUCCUGAGAAGGGACGAGACCCAGCUGCAUUUCAGCCCCAAACUCCCCUCCAACCUAAGACCGAACCCAGACGGUAGCCUCGAUGUGCUCGGGUCCUCCACCCACCCCCCCCAUCAGCCUCUGCCCGAAUUCACAUCUUAGCUCAAGCUUCAGCCCGAACACCCAGUCCUCAGAGGAGCCUCAACUGCUCAGGCUCCAGCCCUGCACCCAGCAUGGCCAAGGACUUUCAAAACAUCCAGCAGCUGGACUCCGAGGGAAACGACCACCAGCCGGGUGGAGGGGAGGGGCCAGGCCGUCACGGGCACAACCCCAGGAGAGAAGACCCUUUCCAUUCAGGGCCCCCUCCUCGCCCGCCGUGGCUGCUGCAGCGUCUAUGCUCCAGGCUCCGCCUCAGUCUGCUCAUCCUGGGCCUCAACGUCCUGCUGCUGGUGGCCGUCUGCGUCAUCGGGUCCCAGAGAGCCCAGCUUCAAGAGGAGCUGCGGAUCCUGAAAGAGAACUUCAGCCACUUCUCCUCCGGCGUCUUCACGGAGAUGGGCGCUCUCAGCUCGCAUGGGGGCAAUGCCAGUGACCUGCUGACCUCUCUGGAGGCCAAGCUGGAGAAACAGCAGAAGGACCUGGAAGCAGAUCACGCCACCCUGCUCCUUCAUCUGAAGCACUUCCCCGUGGAUCUGCGCAUCCUGACGUGUCAGAUGGCCUUCUUCCGGAGCAACGGCACAGAAUGCUGCCCGGUCAACUGGCUGGAGUUCGAGGGCAGCUGCUACUGGUUCUCGCGCUCCGGGGAGACCUGGCCGGAGGCCGAGAAGCACUGCCGGCUGGAGAACGCGCACCUGGUGGUCGUCAACUCCAGGGAGGAGCAGGUCUCACGGACAGCGAUGGCUCGUGGAAGUGGGUGGAUGGCACAGACUAUAAUCAUGGCUACAAGAACUGGGCCGCCACUCAGCCAGACGACUGGCAGGGCCACGAGGUGGGAGGAGGCGAAGACUGCGCGGAAGUCCGCUCCAAUGGCCGCUGGAAUGACAAUUUCUGCCAGCAGGUGCAGCGCUGGGUGUGCGAGAUGAGGCAGAACAUCACGGGUUAGAAGCCCCGCCCCCUGCCCCGCCCCCCAGCUCACCGGAGGAUUUUGAAGAAAGGAAAAAUAGAGGCCUGGGGAGGGGCGGAGCGGGUGGGGAGGGGCAUCACCGCCCUGGAGAUGCUGAGGUCCCGCCUCCUUCAGCAAGUCACCGUCACGAUUAUGAUUCUCAGGCCGCUCAAUAGGGGAAGAAGAAAUGACUUGAAACUGUGUGGACUGGUCGUUGGGAGCUGGGAGAGGUGGGGAGCAAAGAAGGGGUGGGGGGUCCGGAAGAGACAGGUUCAGUCCGAGCCAGCUGCUCCUGGGGACCCCAUCCCAAGGGACAUGGGUCAGGGAGGGGAGGGGGGCUUGGAGCAGAGCCGCUCAGCGGGACGCAGCCCCUGGAAACAGCGCCCUCCACCCCCCAAAUCCUUUGCAGUAGGGGGGGGUCUCCUGCAGAAGAGGUUUUGGGGAACAACAGCCCCCCCCCCCACACUGCCAGCCCGGGAGCUGUGGCCCAGCUGCCUGGGGGCCCGUGGAAAAUACUCUCUAAGGGGAGGCAGGUCGGGAAGCCUCUGUGCCCUGUGUCCACUGUGACCGCU